GUUGUGGGAGUCAUGGCGUCUUACUGUAAGCUGUCAGAUCUUUUCCUCAUUCAGAGCCAACUAGACGAUGCUUUAGAGGACGCGACGACUCAAGAAGAUAAAGAAAAUCUUGUACAUCAGUAUUUGCACAACAUAGACGAAAAGGCAGCUUUAAUCAUACCGGAUUUUGAAGAAGGACUGGAUUGGUUGAACACAGACGGCCCAUUGUCACUUAGGAAGGAACUGUCGGGGAAAGUGGUGGUGCUUGACUUCUUCACCUACUGCUGCAUAAACUGCAUGCACCUACUUCCUGAUCUACACCAGUUGGAGCAAAGUUACACCAUAGAAGACGGUCUGGUUGUUGUAGGUGUGCACUCGGCUAAAUUCCCCAAUGAGAAGGUCCUACAGAACGUACGCAGUGCGGUGUUGAGAUAUGACAUCACCCAUCCUGUAGUGAACGACAGCGAUGCCCGUCUGUGGCAAGAGCUGGAGGUGUCCUGCUGGCCCACGCUGGUACUGCUGGGACCCAGAGGGAACCUGCUUUUCUCCCUGGUGGGUGAAGGCCAUCGAGAACAGCUCUUCCUUUUCACUGCUGUUGCCCUCAAGCACUACAGAGAACAAGGGCUGCUCAAGGACCAUGAUGUGGGAAUCAAACUGUAUAGAGACUCCCUGCCUCCCUCCAUCCUCUCUUUCCCUGGGAAAAUAGCCAUGGACCCCAGUAGCAAGCGGUUGGCUAUUGCCGACACAGGACACCACAGGGUACUGGUGGUCUCCAAUACUGGGCAGCUGCUGCACUCUAUAGGGGGUCCCUCAAGCGGGAGACGAGAUGGAAAUUUGUUUGAGGCACAGUUCAGCUCCCCACAAGGGGUGUUCAUAAAGGGUGACACGGUCUACGUGGCUGACACUGAGAACCACCUUGUUAGAAAGAUCAACCUUUCAGAAGGAAAAGUCUCAACCUUGGCUGGCACUGGCGUUCAGGGUACAGAUAAAGAAGGCGGUGCAGCGGGACCACAACAGCCAAUCAGCUCUCCCUGGGAUGUUACCCUUGGCAACGCAGGUGGUGAUGUUUUGUGGAUAGCCAUGGCAGGAACACAUCAGAUCUGGGCUCUCUUCCUGGAGGACGGGAAGCUUCCCAAAGGGAGUGACAGCAAAAAAGGAACAUGUGUCCGCUUUGCGGGCAGUGGGAAUGAGGAGAACCGAAAUAAUGCGUAUCCUCAUAAAGCGGGUCUGGCCCAGCCGUCAGGCCUGGCUCUUGCUCGGACAGAGAACUGGGAUUGUCUGUUUAUCGCUGACAGUGAGAGCAGCACCAUUCGUAGCCUUUCACUGAAGGAUGGAGCAGUCAAACAUGUGGUGGGGGGAGAGAGAGACCCUCUGAACCUGUUUGCGUUUGGAGACAUUGAUGGUAAAGGCAUUGAUGCAAAACUGCAGCAUCCAUUAGGAGUGUCCUGGGAUGAGGGCAGCAGCCUCCUCUAUGUAGCCGAUUCUUACAAUCACAAGAUCAAAGUGGUGGAUCCGAAGACUAAGCAGUGCAGGGUGCUUGCAGGCACUGGGAAGGCUGGGAACGGAGUUGGCCCAGGCUUUUUGGAGUCCAGCUUCAAUGAACCUGGAGGCAUAUGUCUGGGUGAACGAGGAAAGCUCCUGUAUGUGGCGGACACCAACAACCAUUGCAUCAAAGUCCUGGACCUAGAGACCAAAACGGUCUCUUCGUUUCCCAUUUUAGAACAGCAAGAGGUUGAUGCUGUCCUCACAACCGCCACUAGCAACACACCUGCAGUAAAAAAGCUUCCCAAGCUUCCCAAAUCAGCCCCAGUCUUUACAAUGCCAUCAAUCACAGUUCCUUCGGGACACUCAGUGACACUUAUGCUGAAAUUGGCACUACCGGCUGGGACCAAGCUGAACGAAGAAGCCCCUAGUUUCUGGGACUUAUCUGCAGAAGGUAAUGAGUGGUUACUGGAAGGGCGAGCUGUGAUGGGGAGAAUCAGUGAUCUGUCUGAACCCAUCUCGAUCGUCUCAUCAAUCCCAGUGGCCCCUGCCUCCACAGACCCCACGCUGACACUCAACGCCUGGGUCUACUGCUGCCUUUCUGGGGGCGGGGCUUGUAUGAUGAAGGCAGUGUCCUUCAGACAGCCUCUUCUGAUUGGUUCCACAUCCGAGGAAGGUUCUGUUGCUGUGAUGCUUGAACAUGCUUUUUAAAACAAGUGUCCACCUUAAGGAUCUUGGAGCACAUUUAAAGGGAUAAGUUACCCAAAACUGAAAAUGUUUUCAUCAUUUACGCAUCCUCUUGUCGCUCCAAAACUGUGUGACUUUCUGUCUUCUGUGGAUCACAAAAGAAGAUAUUUUGAAGAAUGUUGUUAACCAAACAAUUUCAGUUACUGUUGAUUUGCAUUGUACGGACAAAAAUUUGAAUGCAAGUCAGCGGGAAUCAAAACUCUUUGGUUACCAUCUUUAUUCUGAAUAUCUUCCUUAAUGUUCCACAGAAAAUCAUAAAGGAGUUAAUGUUGACAGAAAUUUCAUUCUGGAUUUUCCAAAAAUGAAAAUGUUCAUCAUCUUGUUGCACCACAGAAUUUUUCUGAAUUUAUCAUACAAUUUUAUCUCACAAAUUUUUUUUCACAAUUCUGGCUUUUUUCAAAUUGUCCAAAUUGUAAGGGGUUAUUAUUGUUAUUUUUUUUAUUUCUGGAAACAAGCUUCCAUAGUUUUGGUCCCCAUUGACUUUCAUUAUAUAGACAAAAAAAAUCCUCUCUUUGUUUUCCAUAAAAGAAAAACAGAACGGCAUGAGGGUGAGUAAAUGAUUUUUUAGUAGAAUAUCCCAUUAACAUUCAAACCACAUCCCGCGGUUAACACAUACUGUAGUAAUCAGACACUUUAUAUGCUCGUCAUCAGGCUAAUGAAGGAUUGCAAGUACUAAUUGUAGAGUCAGGAUCUGACUGUUAAAUCUUGACAAAUAUUGAACAAAGUGCCUCAUUCUCAUCAGCAAUAUUUUUUGUGGGUCUGCUAUGUUUCACAUGAUUAAGCUUGAUAAAUAGUCUGAUAUCUUUACCAGCCGCCAUCAGUCAGUCAGUCACUCACAUGCUCUCACACAAUAAUAUUUGAAAUGAUGCAGUGUAGUGUAAAAAUGUAGCCAGUGUCAGCUGCUCUGACAGCCCUUUGUGGUUUGGUUGGCUGAUAUUAUUACGAUUUCUCGCACUACAUUUUUUUUUUCUUAACCGUAUGAUACUGUAAGGCAGUCUUGUAAAUGAGCAAUCAGAUUUAAUGAUAUUUAAUUGGCAUUAUUUAUUAUUGUUUUCCAGGCUUAAGUGCUUUUUCCAUGAGCAAUACAUUUUAUUUGAAUGAUUAUGUGUUGAAAAUCAAGCGGUGAAAUUCAUUUUAGGGUUCAGUCUUUUGUGGAAUGGAAUCAUGAUCCAUUUACAUCUACAUAUGAAUGUAUGCUGUUACAUCAUAGAUCAGGUGCUUGCAGAUCAUGCGUGUGAGUGUGAAUCAGACCAGCUGAUUCUUCUAGACACUGUGUAGAAAUGGCCAUUAAAAUUGUUCUGCUGUUUUUGCUUGCUUUUCCUGUGGCAGUUCUAGCCCAUAAACUAUUUAAUAAAAACAAAAUUGAUCUUUC